AUGGACCUCAAUAAAAAAUUCUCCCCUGACCUGAUCUUCCUUCAAGAGACAAAAAAUUCUGAUGAAGUGGUUAUCAAGCAAUUGGAGGCUUUGAAUCUCGACUCUCACUUCUUGGUUUCUCCUUUAUCUCCGGCUUCAGGAGGCUUAGCGCUCACGUUUGUCUACGGGGCCCCAGAGAUCCCAAAAAGACAGGAGAUUUGGGAACAACUUACAGAUUUAGCAGCACUGAGAGACACCCCUUGGUUCCUGACGGGGGAUUUCAACGAGAUUAUCGAUAAUUCUGAGAAGUCUGGCGGCAAGGAGAGAUCGGAGAGCUCCUUUAGCAACCUCAGAACCUUCCUAUCAGCUUGCGAUCUCUUUGACUUGCGGCACUCGGGCAACUUUCUCUCUUGGAGAGGAACUAGACACAAACAUGUCGUGCAUUGUAGACUGGAUCGAGCACUUGCUAAUAGUAGUUGGUCGGAUAGAUACCCUCUGGGUUGCUGUCAGUAUCUCCCUUUCGAGGAAUCAGACCACAGACCAAUCUUCUCCUCUUUCUCUCCCACAAGCAAGAAGCGAUGCCGCAACUUCAGGUAUGAUAGGAGGCUCCGCAACAAUGAAGAAGUCCGCUUGCUAGUUGAAAAAGCUUGGGAAUCCUCCCCUCACUGCUCUGUCGCGACCAGAAUCUCGAACUAUAGACGAGCCAUAUCAAAAUGGAGUAAGGAGCACCAUGUUAACAGUCAAAAAGAUAUCGUGCGGCUCCAACUUGCUCUGGAUAAAGCCAUGUCCGAUCCUGCGGUUGAGGACUCUAUGAUUGCCUCCAUCAACAGGAACCUCCUCCUAGCCUACAAGGCAGAGGAGGAGUUUUGGAAGCAGAGGAGUAGACAGCUUUGGUUGUCGCUAGGAGACCUCAAUACCGGCUACUUUCACGCGUCCACAAAGAACAGGAGAGUUCGCAACCGUCUUUCUGUCAUUGAAGAUGCAAAUGGAGUUCAAUAUGUGGAAGAAGAGAAAAUCGCAGAGCUCAUCGCCAUACCCUCUGAUGUCGAGAUCAGAAACGCCAUUUUUGCCAUCCACCCCGACAAGGCGCCUGGGCCAGACGGUUUCUCUGCGAGCUUCUUCCAGUCUAACUGGGAUUCUGUAGGUCCUGCUAUCUGUCAUGAGAUCAGAUCGUUCUUCAUCACUGGUUCCCUGCCACACACAAUCAACAACACCCAUAUUAGGUUGAUUCCAAAGAUUAGCGAACCACUUAAAGUAUCUGACUACAGGCCUAUUGCCUUGUGCAACGUUUACUACAAGGCUAUAUCUAAACUAUUGGCAAUACGUCUAAAACCAGUGCUACAAGGAACUAUCUCAGAGUACCAAUCAGCCUUCGUGCCAGACAGAGCCAUUUUUGAUAACGUCCUAAUCACUCAUGAAGUGCUUCAUUACCUGAAAACAUCUGACGCGGAGAAGCAUUGCACUAUGGCUGUGAAGAUGGACAUCAGCAAGGCGUACGACCGCUUGGAGUGGCCUUUCAUCAGGCAGGUGUUGGAGACCUUGGGUUUUUACAACAUCUGGAUCAACUGGGUCCUCCAAUGUAUCUCUACGGUCUCGUAUGCCUUUCUGAUUGACAAUGAAGUUCUUGGUGAGGUCGUCCCACAGAGAGGAAUCCGCCAGGGAGAUCCCCUUUCCCCCUACAUCUUCAUCCUCUGUGCGGAAGUUCUCUCGGGUCUCUGCGUAAAAGCACAGGAAGAUGGAUUAAUGGUUGGGGUUAAAGUCUCACAUAGCCCUAGACUAAAUCAUCUACUAUUUGCAGACGAUACGAUGAUCUUCACCAAAUCGAACAAACAAUCCUGUUCUACGCUACUGCACAUCCUAAGAGAUUACGAGUUGGCAUCAGGUCAGAAAAUAAAUCCAGACAAAUCUUCCAUUUCUUUCUCUAGCAAGACACCUCUAGUGGAGCUACAACGGGUAAAAGCUCACUUAGGUAUAAGCAAAGAGGGAGGAGUGGGAAAAUAUUUGGGUUUACCUGAACAUUUUGGUAGAAAGAAGAAGGACUUGUUUGCCUCCAUUGUCACCCGCAUGAAACAGACCGCCUCAGGGUGGUCCUCAAGAUUCCUCUCUACAGCAGGCAAGAUGACGAUGCUGCAAUCCGUCCUCUCUGCAAUCCCGGCCUUCGCCAUGUCUUGCUUUCGUCUCCCUGUAGGUUUAUGUAACCAAAUACAGUCAGUUCUAAUUCGCUUCUGGUGGGAUAAUAGCAAUGGAGAUAAAAAGAUAUGCUGGCUUGCUUGGGAUAAGCUCACGAAACCGAAAAGUAUGGGAGGUCUAGGUUUCAGGGACGUUCAGCUUUUUAAUCAAGCACUGCUUGGCAAAAUAGCGUGGAGGAUUCUAACUAAACCUAACUGCCUUCUAGCACGCAACCUAAAGGGAAAGUACUGCAACAACGAAUCGUUCCUAUCUAUCAAAGCAAGCAAAACCUCUUCCCAUGGGUGGAAGGGUAUUCUCUGGGGUAGGGAUCUGCUAAUAAAUCAUCUCGGUAAAGCUAUUGGUGAUGGGAGCACAACGAAAGUCUAUAAGGAUUCAUGGAUCAAACCUUCACAGAAUCUGAGACCCUUUGGUCCAACUACACAAGAUGAACAAGACCUAUUCGUUGCGGAUCUCCUAUCUAGAGAAACAAGAGAGUGGAAUGUGGCAAAGAUCGAUAAGCUGUUACCUAAUUUGGCCCAUCUAAUCUUGCAAGUCAAGCCGAGUGUUCUGGAUGCCACAGACUCAUAUGUUUGGUCUCUCCAACAGUCGGGUCAGUACACAACGAAGUCGGGCUACUUCUCAAUGGUUCAGCGAGAAGCUCCCACUGCCCCUCCUGCUCCUCAAACGGUCCCGUUGGACUGGAAAAAGCUUGUCUGGAGCCCACACCUCUCACCGAAGCUCAAGCUAUUCUUGUGGAAGAUCUUUAAUGAGGCGCUACCUACAGGAGAAAACCUACAGAAAAGAGAACUAUCCAUCUCCAGCAGAAGAAGGCUCCUUCCACCUACAGGCAUCACAAUCAAUAUCUUCCCGUGGAUCAUCUGGCAUAUUUGGAUAAAUCGAAACCAACGCACCUUUGAGAACAGAAGCUCCACGCCAACCGAGACGGUCCGGAAAGCCCUCCACGCGGCAAAGGAAUGGGAACAGGCACAACCACAACCUUCGAGGGACGCCAUCACACAUAGCCCCAACAUCCCUUCUUUGAUUACUCAUCCUCCCGCCGCCACAGCUAAAUGCAAUACAGAUGGGGCGUGGAGAGCCGACACACUGCAAGCAGGAACAUGUUGGAUCAUCCGAGACUCCACAGGCAAGAUCAGCAGGGGAGGAAAGUCCCACCCUUUCGUUACUUCUGCCCUGAUGGCGGAGGUUCUCGCGAUUCGGGAAGCCCUCAUCCACGCAUCCACCAUCGGUAUCACAUCAAUCUGGCUACGUUCAGAUGCUCAAGCGCUCAUCACGGCGAUUCAAUCGAACCGGAGACCGACAGAACUCUACGGCGUCUUGUCGGACAUCGCUUCGCUAUCUUCCUCUUUCGUUUUCUGCAAUUUUUCUUUUGUCUCUAGAUCUUCAAACGGGCCUGCGGACUCUAUAGCAAAAGCCCACCUUGUUGUCACAAACUAA